CAGCCACUGUCCAUGCAGGAACAACAGAGCUGUCACCCAGUACGAGCUGUCCUCCUGUUCUGUGACUGACCGAAGGCACAACUGACAGGAGGCCAGAGAUCAGUUUCACUUUAACGAGAUCUUCUCGAAAUGUUGCCUCAACACCUGAAGCAGAUCCGAGUCCUCAUGCUUAACGACAAGGAGAAUUUAGAGAGGACUCUGUUCAGACUUGAACAAGGUUUUGAGCUCCAGUUCCGCCUGGGUCCGAGCCUCCAGGGGAAGAAGGUUGUGGUGUACACCAACUAUCCACUCGAAGGACGACCGUUUGAAAGAAACUGCUUCCAUGUGUUGCCUUGGAACUACCCAGCAGAAAGGGAGGAUGACUCUGAUAAGUUCUGCUCUCUGGACCUCAAGAUUGCUGGGUCCUAUCAAUACUACUUUGGAUAUGGAGACUCAGAGCAGUUAGGAAGAGGCUACAUCGUCGUUGACCCAGUCCUUCGUGUUGGAGCAGACAAUCACGUCCUCCCAUUAGACUGCAUCACGAUCCAGACCUACCUGUCCAAAUGCCUGGGACACUUGGAUGACUGGCCAGAUAGACUGAGGGUGGCCAAGGAGUCAGGAUACAACAUGAUCCACUUCACGCCUCUGCAGACUCUAGGGGAGUCCAGGUCCUGCUACUCCUUGGCGGACCAGCUGACCUUUAACCCGGAGUUCAGCCCAGAGGGGCAGAGCUACAGCUGGGCAGAUGUCGGGGCGCUGGUGGAGAAGUUAAACAAACAAUGGAACAUGCUGUCUAUUACAGAUGUGGUGUACAAUCAUACUGCUGCUAACAGUGUGUGGAUCAAAGAGCAUCCAGAGUGUGGCUACAACCUGGUGAACUCGCCCCACCUGCGGCCAGCCUGGGUCUUAGACAGAGCUAUCUUCCAUUUAACCACCAGAGUAGCAGAGGGACGCUACAAAGCUAAAGGACUUCCUGCUGACAUUACCAAUGAGAGUCAUCUGAAUGCCAUCCGCAGUGUGUUGUGGCAGGACCUGUAUCCUCAGAUCAAACUGUGGGAAUUCUGCCAGGUCAAGGUGGACAGUGCUGUGGAGCAGUUCAGAACCCUGCUACAAAAUGGCACCAAACCAGACCAUAGUAAGACUGAAGGGAAGAAGGGCCUGAGGAUCAUUCAAGACCCAAAUUACCGUCGUUAUGGCAACACAGUGGACAUGGACUCUGCACUGGAGACAUUUGUACCUCACAGUUCCUCCCCACAGCACAUUGAGGAGUGCUGUGGUUGGCUGAGGCAGAAACUGAACGAGCUGAAUGAAGAACAGUACCACAUCAUGCACCAGCAUCAAGAGCAGGCUGCCAACUGCAUUGUGGGAAAUGUAGUGUAUGAGCGUCUGGCAGAGCACGGCCCCAAACUUGGUCCUGUUAACAGGAAAAACCCUCUGGUUACCAGGUAUUUCACCUUCCCAUAUCAGGACAUGACACUGGAGCAGGAGAUGCAGCUGCUGGACCAGCCAGACAAGAUGUGUCACUUCUUGGCUCACAACGGUUGGGUGAUGGGUGAUGAUCCGUUGCGCAACUUUGCUGAACCAGGCUCCAAUGUGUACCUGCGUCGGGAACUGAUAUGCUGGGGUGACAGUGUCAAGCUCCGCUAUGGCAAGGGGCCUGAGGACUGCCCUUACCUGUGGGCCCACAUGCAGAAAUACACUGAAAUCACAGCCAAAUACUUCCAUGGCGUCAGACUGGACAACUGCCACUCCACACCAUUACAUGUGGCUGAGUUCAUGCUGGAUGUGGCCAGAGCAGUUUGUCCUAACCUGUAUGUGGUGGCUGAACUGUUCACCGGCAGCGAGGAGCUGGAUAAUAUCUUCGUAACCAAGCUAGGGAUCACAUCGCUCAUACGAGAGGCCAUGUCAGCCGGUGACAGCCAUGAAGAAGGUAGAUUGGUCUAUCGUUACGGAGGUGAGCCGGUUGGAGCUUUUGUUCAGCCCAGUCUCCGCCCACUGAUGCCCUCCAUCGCCCAUGCCAUGUUCCUUGAUGUAACCCAUGACAACGAAUGUCCCAUACAGCUGCGUUCAGCACUGGACUCCCUCCCCAGCUCUGCUAUAGUCUCUAUGGCCUGCUGUGCUACUGGUUCCACCAGAGGAUACGAUGAAUUCGUGCCACAUCAGAUCUCUGUGGUGAAGGAGGAGCGUUUUUACCCCAAGUGGAACCCCUCAGCAUCACCCUCCUCUGUUGGUGAGGUUGGAUCCCAGACUGGCAUCAUAGCUGGGAAACUGGCCCUCAACAAGCUGCACCAGGAACUGGCUGCCCAGGGAUUCAUACAGGUGUAUGUAGACCAGGUUGAUGCAGAUAUUGUUGCAGUUACCCGUCACUGUCCCAGCACUCACCAGUCUGUGGUGUCAGUAUGCAGGACAGCCUUCUGGAACCCCAAAACCCACCAGUAUGACACUAAUGUCCCACCCAUGUUCAUACCUGGGAAGAUAGAGGAAGUGGUACUGGAGGCAAGGACAGUGGAAAGGCAUGCUGGGAGUUAUAAGAAGGAUGAGAACUACAUCAACGGCAUGCCAGAAUACACUGUGGAAAUAAAAGAGCAUAUUUCUUUACAGGAGAGUACAGUGGUGAAGCAAGCUGGAGUGACGUCUAAAGGUCGAUCAGAGUUUGUGCAGGAAAUCACCUUUCAGAAGCUGACACCUGGCAGCGUCAUUGCCUUCAGGGUUAGUUUGGACCCCAAGGCCCAGAAACUGGUGGGUGUGCUGAGGUAUUAUCUGUCCCAGUUCAGUCCAAAAUACAGGAGGGGGAGUGUGGCAGAGGAGAACCCACCAGAAGCACUGCAGAAACCUCUGGCGCAGCUGAUGUCUAAGCUGACGUUAGCAGACCUGAAUGUCCUGCUGUUUCGCUGCGACUCAGAAGAACAAGAAGAUGGUGGAGGCUGUUACAGUAUCCCAGGGUGGGAGACCCUCAAAUAUGCUGGGCUACAAGGUCUGAUAUCAGUGUUGGCUGAUAUCCGCCCCAAUAAUGACCUGGGCCAUCCUGUGUGUGCUAACCUCAGACAAGGUGACUGGCUGAUAGACUUUGUUGCCAACAGACUGAUACACAGAGAGGGACCACUGGCACAGGUGGGCCAGUGGUUGUCAGCCAUGUUUAACUACUUGAAACACAUCCCACGCUAUCUCAUCCCCUGUUAUUUUGAUGCCAUCCUGGUGUCAACCUACACCACAGCUCUGGAUGCAACUCAAAAACUCAUGUCGAGUUUUGUCCAGAGUGGCUCCAGCUUUGUUCGUCACCUGGCGCUGGGUUCAGUUCAGUUGUGUGGUGUCGGACGCUACCCUGCCCUCCCUCCCCUCUCUGCGAAAAUUGAGGACGUUCCCUACCGCGUCAGUCCAAUCACAGGGCAGAAGGAGCAGUGCUGUGUGUCACUGGCUGCAGGUCUUCCUCAUUUCUCCUCUGGGAUUUUUCGUUGCUGGGGCCGAGACACUUUCAUCGCUCUCAGAGGACUGAUGCUGCUCACUGGGAGACACACUGAGGCUCGUAACAUCCUCCUGGCCUUUGCGGGGACACUGCGUCACGGUUUGAUCCCCAACCUGCUGGGUGAGGGUCGCUGUGCAAGAUACAACUGUCGUGACGCUGUGUGGUGGUGGCUGCAGUGCAUCCAGGACUAUGCUACCCUAGUUCCUCAAGGGCAUGAAAUCCUUCAGUGCCCCGUCACACGCAUGUACCCUACUGAUGACUGUGAACCCUGCAGCCCUGGAGAGGUGGAGCAGCCUCUGUAUGAUGUGAUCCAGGAGGCUCUGCAGCGCCACCUGCAGGGAAUAUCCUUCAGAGAGAGAAAUGCUGGACCCAAGAUAGACAUGAAAAUGAGAGAUGAAGGGUUCAACGUGGUUGCUAAGGUGGAACCAGCCACAGGUUUCGUGACUGGAGGAAACCGCUUCAACUGCGGCACGUGGAUGGACAAAAUGGGAGAGAGCGAGAGAGCGAGGAACAAAGGCAUGCCCGCUACACCAAGAGAUGGAGCAGCAGUGGAGAUAGUUGGUCUCAGUAAGUCAGCCGUUCGCUGGGUUGUGGAGCUCCACGCCAAAGGACUGUUCCCUUAUGAUGGAGCUAAAGUACACAGAGAUGGUAAAGAGGUGUUUAUCUCGUACUCCCAGUGGAACCAGCAGCUCCAGCAGUCCUUUGAAGCAGGCUUCUGGGUGUCUGGGAGCCCAAAUGACCCGAAUGAGAAAAACCCUGAUCUGGUGCAUAAAAAAGGCAUCUAUAAGGACAGCUAUGGAGCCUCCAGCCCCUGGUGCGACUACCAGCUGAGACCCAACUUCACUAUUGCCAUGGUGGUGGCUCCAGAGCUGUUUUCAGUGGAGAGAGCCUGGAAUGCUCUGGAGGUGGCUGAGAAGAAACUACUGGGACCACUGGGAAUGAAGACACUUGACCCUGAUGACAUGGUGUACUGCGGUGUCUAUGACAACGCUCUCGACAAUGACAACUACAACCUGGCAAAAGGCUUCAACUACCACCAAGGACCAGAGUGGCUGUGGCCAAUAGGCUACUUCCUGCGUGCUAAACUCUACUUUGCCAAGAAGCUGGGAGAGGAAACCUACAGCCAAACAGUCACUCUGGUGAAAAAUAUUCUGUCACGACAUUACACCCACCUGGAGAGGUCUCCGUGGAAGGGUCUGCCAGAGCUGACCAAUGAGAACGGCCAAUACUGCCCGUUCAGCUGUGAGACCCAGGCCUGGUCUCUGGCUGCUGUGCUGGAGGUCCUCUACGACCUCUAAAUGGCCGUCACCCUACCCCAACCCCCCUCCCUCCGAUGUGAUGCUGUUUACCUUCCUGAAGCUGAAUUCAUGGGCUUUGAGAAGAAACACACAGAAAGCUAUGAGGCUCCGGGAGCUCCACUUAAUUGGAUGCUUCAAAUUACAUUUACCUACAGUAACUACAUCUCAGGUGUGAUUACCGCACCGCAACUGUCCUCCUCUUUCAGCGCACAGUGGAUUUACUUGAACUUUGCCCUGUGCACUGCCUGCCAUCUCCAACCGCUCCAUCAGCCUCACCAGCUCACCGCUCUCUGUGUGUUUCUACCCUCAGUCUGUAAAUUAGCACUUCUACCAGUGGACCUCUGACAUCAUUUCCUGUGAUCAGAGUGGGGUCUGUUGCUGCAGUCAUGUCCUUUGAGGAAGACUGUGGAGACAACUUCACAGCUCACAGCAACAACAUGGGAAGAGUUAAAACAUUUUACAGAUGUAGCUUCUAAUGACCUUAAAUCCUCUUCACUGAUAGAUCAUGUUAGUUCAUGUAGAAACCUUUUAUUUAAACAGUUAGACAGUGCAGCAUAGUUCCAGGUUGAACCUUUAAUUCAAACUAGUAGCACCUGUCAGCUCAAAGCUGAGCUGCUGUUCAGUCAGUGUUCUCCACUCUCAAACAUACUGUCUGUCUGUCACAGUGCAGGUGCCACAGCCACACAAGUAUUAAUAUCACACAAUACCUGAACAUUGACCUGCGCAGUCUAGAAGCCUUCUAUAGAGCCAGCAUCUUUCUUUUCUGUAUUCUGUCGCCAGCCAAAUGAACUGAGAACUGCCUCUAUUUAAAAUCUGCUUUCACCAAUCAGACUUUAUGCUUAUUCUUUUGAAAAGGGAAAAACGUCAAAUUACAUUUCAUGAAAUGCAGACAGAAAAGUCCCAGCAGCCAGUCCAUGAAGUGGAAUUUGAAAAAAACAGAACUGAUAAAUCUUCUCUAAUAUUUAGAAUAAAUGAAAUGAAAGUGAUCCCGGUCCUUUAGUGUUAUACAUUACAUCAUUAUACACUGAAGCUCUGAACCCUCCAGCCAGCAGUCUAACUAAAGAGGGCAGAACAUACUUUUUUGUUACCUGAGUGGAUGUUUAUUCGAUAACAAGUCUUUUAUACUGAAGUCUAUUAACCUGCCACUGUGUGAAUCCUACCUCCCAGCCUGUCCUCAUGUCAUGUCAUGUGAACAAGUGACCUGAGCACCUCAUGUCACCAGAGGGUGACUGAUUACAUGCUGUAACACCAGUGAUGUACACAGCUCUCUAAAGUGUUGAAAUCUCUAGUUUAAAGGGGCUAUUCCUCACAGCAUACAGUGCUUCACCCUCCACCUGAUGCCUUUAUACAAACACUUGGUCUUCCAAUUGUUUCCCAUUUCAUCACAUUUUCCCCACAAGCCUUAUGAUGCAGUGAAAUAUUUCAGUAUUUCAAUACAUAUUAUUCAAUUCUGUAUCAAUGUUAAGAACAGUUUUGUGCAUGAAUGUUGUUUUGGUGUUUCCAGAGGUUUCUAAAGCAGUUUCCUCUAGCGUGUAGUCAUGCUGUUGAUCUCUGCUGAUGAGCUGUAGAUGUGACGCGUCAGCAUUCUGCUCAGAAAGAGGGAAUCCGGUGAGCAGAAAUAACAGACAAACCGCUGUGGAAGUCGUUUUAAGACAUGCAAAGAAAAGCCACUGUGUGCAUCUAAACACGUGUUUGAAGUCCGCUGUCGCUGGUGUGAACUGUUCUGUGCUGCUAAAACGCUUGUGUUUGAACGUCCUCCUGACAACACAUCAUCGAGUCUCUUUGGAUCCUUGUUUAAUGAGCAGAAAACCUGAACGGUGUCAGUGUGGCAGCUGCCAGCGUUUGGGAGAGCACCACAAGCUUUCUGUACAGAACACAACCAUCUUACGUCCAUUUGUAAGAUGUCGACACUGUCAAGACUGGAAAACAUACGAGCUUAUCUGAGUGAAGCUGAGGUACUGCUACUUUGUUGAGAAGUCAAAUUAAUGGUCAGAUCAAGGGGAUUAUUGUUCUAGCAAAAACAAAACUACUCACAACCAAGAGCAGUUGUUUAGUGCAGCACUUCUGUUAUUCUACUUUUGCACAGUGCAAUUCACCAGCGUUUCCUGUGCAAUGGCUGAAUAUGGAGGAAUAAUCAAGUUACACAACUAUUUUAACAAGCUGAUAUCAUGUCUCUACAAUCACACAGUCCAGUCAUGUCGAGUAGUACAAAGCUCUGUGAACUGAAACUGUUAGUUUUCAUCAGUGUGUCUGUAAUGCUGUUUGUUCUGUGUGCGUAGUGUUACAGUUGCCAUGAACAGAAUAAACUGUUACAGGAUUU